CUUGGGAAUUGGAAGACGAACACAAUUGAUGAUUGAAAGGCGACGAAAGCUCGUGACGUUUCCCAGUCUAUACAGGCAUUAUAGCCAAGAAGCACUUAGCACACACUCUCCCCCCCUGGAUCUCCGGGGAGCGACCGCAUCCGGUGUUAGUUGGCCUAUUACCGCCGAAUGCUCCACCUCCCCAAAAUUCCUCUCGGCUCAGAUUGCGUUGCGACUUGCGACGACACUGGUUGCGAGCCGGCCCCGGUGACGGAUCCGGCACCCUACUACACCUUGGACCUCCAUCCUCUUCCUCCUCUCUGCCUCCGCGUUUAGAAAAUACAUCCCCCCCAAAAUGUCUCGCCCCGAGGAUACACUCGCGGCCGAUGUCCACUACGACGAUGCCGAAGCACGCAAAUACACGACCAGUUCCCGCAUCCAGAACAUCCAAGCCUCGAUGACCAGGCGCGCCCUCGAGCUCCUCGAUCUGAAGUCGCCCAGCCUGAUCCUCGACAUCGGCUGCGGGAGCGGCCUGUCGGGCGAGAUCCUGUCGUCGGUCCCCCAGGACGAGGGCGGGCCGCACGUCUGGGUGGGGAUGGACAUCAGCGCGUCCAUGCUGGACGUGGCGCUGGAGCGGGACGUGGAGGGCGACCUGCUGCUGGCCGACAUCGGGCAGGGCGUGCCGUUCCGGGCCGGCACGUUCGACGCCGCCAUCAGCAUCAGCGCCAUCCAGUGGCUGUGCAACGCCGAGAGCAGCGACACGUCACCCGCGGGGCGGCUGUCGCGCUUCUUCAAUGGGCUGUACGCGUCGCUCAAGCGGGGCGGCAUGGCGGUGUGCCAGUUCUACCCCAAGAACGACGUGCAGAAGCAGAUGAUCACGUCGGCCGCCGUCAAGGCCGGCUUCGGCGCCGGCCUGCUCGAGGACGACCCGGACACGAAGAACGUCAAGGUCUAUCUGGUCCUGACCGUGGGCAGCAGCGCCGUGGCCGACAAGGGUGGCGACAUCACGGGCGUCGUCGACGGGAUGGACAACGUCGAGGUGCUGGACCACCGCAAGAAGGGCAAGGCCGGGAAGGGUGAGAUCAAGAAGGGCAGCAAGGCCUGGAUUAUCAGGAAGAAGGAGCAGAUGGAGAGGAAGGGCAAGAUCGUCAAGGCGACGUCCAAGUACACGGGGCGGAAGCGGCGGAUACAGUUCUGA